GAUGUAGCUGCUGCUCAGCUGGCUGUUUGUACCAUCCCGUUCGCCCGUAUUUUGCCGCACAGCGAACUGAAUCGAUGCCAUUUAGAACGUCAAAGGAGCGGUAGAAGAGACAACGAUGUAGCCGCUUGUUCCUCGUCCUCAUUCAUAGCUGUGUGUUAAUUUAGUGUGUGUGUGUGUGUGUGUGUGUGUGUGUGUUGUGUUAUGUUUAGCAUUAUUUUCUGUUUUCAUCGCCGCACCCACCGUAUUCAUUUUUUAUUGUGGGCUGGCUAGCUAACGUUCGCAGGGAGCUAAAGCUAACGUGGGCAGCAGGUGUAACGCUAUUUGAAAGGAGAGCAGCAGCCAGCUACGAGACAGCGUCGCUGUUGUUGUAAAAUAGCCGAGAAGCUCAUUUGAAAUUAUACCUGCAAGACUGCCUCCUCCCGGGUUUGUGCCACAUCUUUGCUCGCCAGCCUGUAGCAGUUAUUUUAGUAUAGCCCGGCUAAGCGCACGGUAGUCACAAUGACAGGUGAGAAGAUACGCACCUUGCGAAAGGACCACAACAAACCAAACAAAAAUGACGAGAUAAUGGACACGUACGAUGAGACCUCGAACGGGACUAUCCCUAACGGCACCGGGAACCAUUUCAAAUCCAACAAGGCUUUCCAGAAGUCAGUCAAAACCUCAGCACUGCAGCAGCAACAGCAGCUCAACGCAAACAACAUCAACGGGAAUUCACCAUCCAUCGGCACAGUUGUCAAUGACAAUAACAAGAACCCGAUAAUCCUCACAAGCGAGGACCUGGAGUUCCCUGUCCAUGAGUGUGUCUUCAAGGCAGAUGUGCGUCGGCUCUCCUCUCUCAUCAGGACCCACAGCAUCUCUCAGAAAGAUGUGCAUGGGAACACACCUCUUCACCUGGCUGUGAUGCUUGGCCACAAAGAAUGUGCCCUCCUGCUCCUGGCCCAUAACGCUCCCGUAAAGAUCAAGAAUGCACAGGGAUGGAGCCCUCUGGCAGAAGCCAUCAGCUACGGCGACAGGCAGAUGAUCACAGCAAUACUGCGAAAGUUAAAGCAGCAGUCAAGGGAGAGCGUGGAGGAUAAGAGGCCAAAGUUGCUGAAAGCUCUCAGAGAGCUUGGAGACUUUUAUCUGGAGCUGCACUGGGACUUUCAGAGCUGGGUGCCUUUGUUGUCCCGGAUGCUGCCAUCUGAUGCCUGUAAAAUCUACAAGCAGGGAAUAAAUAUCAGACUUGACACCACUCUUAUAGACUUCACCGAUAUGAAGUGUCAGCGCGGAGAUCUCAGCUUCAUUUUCAACGGUGAUGCUGAGCCCUCCCAGUCCUUUGUGGUUCUGGACAAUGAGGCAAAAGUGUACCAAAGAAUACACCACGAGGAGUCCGAGAUGGAGACGGAAGAAGAGGUGGAUAUAUUGAUGAGCAGCGAUGUCUACUCUGCAACCCUGUCCACCAAGUCCAUCUCUUUCUCUCGUAGUCAGAUCGGCUGGCUGUUCAGAGAAGAUAAAACAGAGAGGGUUGGAAACUUCCUGGCUGACUUCUACGCGGUGAACGGCCUGGUGCUCGAGUCACGAAAGCGCAGAGAACACCUCAGUGAGGAGGACAUCUUGAGGAAUAAAGCCAUCAUGGAGAGCUUGAGUAAAGGAGGGAGCAUCAGUGAACAAAACUUUGAGCCUGCGAGAAGACAGUCCCUCACAGCUCCAGCACCCAACACCAUUUCAUGGGAAGAGUACAUCACUGCAGAGCAGGGAAAGCCCCCUCAUCUUGGGAGAGAGCUCGUGUGUAAGGAAAGCAAGAAGAACUUCAAAGCCACCGUAGCCAUGAGCCAGGAUUUCCCUCUAGGCAUCGAGUCGUUACUCAACGUGUUGGAGGUUAUAGCCCCGUUCAAGCACUUCAACAAACUGCGAGAGUUUGUUCAGAUGAAACUUCCGCCUGGGUUUCCUGUCAAACUUGACAUCCCCGUCUUCCCAACGAUCACGGCCACCGUCACAUUUCAGGAAUUCCGCUACGAUGAAUUUGAGGAGUCUAUUUUCGUCAUCCCCGACGAAUACAAAGAAGACCCCAGUCGCUUCCCCGACCUCUGACCUGUAAACACAUCUGACGCUAAGAGGAAAUGACCAGCGAGCUGAUAGGUUUUGGAGGUGGAAAACAAAAAUAAGGAAUUGGAAUAAGGAAAUGUAUUGUUUUAUUAAUAUAUAUAUAUAUAUAUAUAUUAUCUGUUUAAACAAAAAAAAGAAAAGGUGAGAAAUGAUCUUACUCAUCAGUUUUUCUUCAUUUUGCUGAUGGCUCCAAGGCAAAUCAAUGCAAGCAGAUGUUACAUCUCACUUAUAGAUGCAUAUCGGCAGCCGUUACAUGUGAAAUGAGUGAUAGGUUUCAUUGUGCUCGCUUUUCACCACGCAAGCGGCUCAAUCCACUGCUCUGAGCUACUGUCAGAAGAUGCAGUCUGGACUCCUCAUCCUCACUGUUUUAAUAUCUCCUCCUCCUCCCCUGGAACUGAUCAAUGAAUUCUCAUAACUGAAACUGCACUGACACCAUCAUCUGUACAUAACUCACACCUUAUCUGUAAUUCAUAGCAAAAAGAAUCACAAAUAAUCGCUAUAUCCUCAAAUUGAGCUUAAUAUUCAUUUAUAAAUUAUGUACUAUAUAUAAAUAUAUAUACUCAAAAGGAGUAACACUGUGUAGCAAUACAUUUACAGUACUUAAGAAUGUUUUUAACCAGCUGGGAGAAAGUUUAGCAUAAAAAAAAAACAUUCUUAACAGUCUGAUAUCAAAGCCUUUUCCCCUGUGCAGGACGCAGUCUCCUGUGUUUUCAGGUUCACUCAUGUUACCUCUCAACCGUCUCCAUGUUUGUCGUGAUAGUAUGGACUCUGUGCUCCGUGUGAGUGAGUAAUUGUACUGUAUCAAGGAUCGUUGUAUGUACGUUUGUAUGUGGGAGAAACCCAGAUGGGAUAUCAGGUAAACUGUUCUUAGUUUAAUACUGCACUGAUAUUAAGUAUUUAAGGCAUGCUAUGGCUGUGUUGGCCUACUGGAUCACAUGCAUCUUUAAGGUAUAUUCUCUGAACGUUUGUUACAUUACCUGCAGGACUUACUGGUAUUUAGAUUAAAGGAAAAGUUGUAACACUAACACUUUGAAACACCUUUUAGUGCUGAUAAAAUCUCUCCUCGAUGGUAGUCUGCGCACUUUUCCUUUUAGUUUUGUUUUUGUUUUUUUCAAUCCAAGGAGAGCAAACCAAGCUGUGAAGUUAAUUUUGCUGGAUAUCCCAAAACUGUCCAGGUGGGAAAAUGAUCUGAUCCACUGAGUUGUCUCUGGCUUCAGCUAAUAUGUAAUGCAACCAUACCUACUUCACAUCCCUUUAAAUAAAGCACCAGCAUCAUGUUUCAACUGACUUUGUGCAAGUAUAAUAAAAAUAGUAUUGUAUAAGAGA